UCUGCUCAUGAACCACAGACAGUCGUCUUGUCUGCGCCAUCCUGCCUGGACGUGCGCAGGGAUCUAUCCCGGAAUGAACGCUACGCCGUAUCGCGAAUCGUCCAACAUGGCCGGCCAGGAGGACCCAGUGCAGAGAGAGAUUCACCAGGACUGGGCCAACCGAGAGUACAUAGAAGUGAUCACGAGCAGCAUCAAGAAAAUCGCCGACUUUCUGAAUUCCUUCGAUAUGUCGUGUCGAUCCCGUCUGGCCACUCUAAAUGAGAAGCUGACAGCGCUGGAGAGGAGGAUUGAAUACAUUGAGGCCAGAGUGACAAAAGGAGAGACUUUGACCUAGACCUCAUCAUGGAGAUCCAUAGCAUCCUGGAGCUACCUGCCCCCCCACCCCUUCCAAUUCCCCUUCACCCUGAGUCUUUGGAUUAAGUGAUAUGGAUUCCACCUCCUUUUCUGGGGCCAUGUGGACCAUUUUUUAUAUUAAAUGGUUUAAGUUUUGUGUUGUUUUUACCUCAUGAUGCAUUUGUAUAGAAGAUAUCGGUCAGUCUUGGCCGUCAGCGAUUCAAACAUGAUCAAUGUUACAAAAUAAAAAAUAAAUUCCAUUAGUAUUGGUUUUAAAAACAUCAUGGAGCUCAGUUAUGGAUCUGGUAUCAGCACAAUUUGUUAACUGUCUGUGUUGUAUGCACUACCAUUAACACAUCAGAGAUUUAUAAAAGAGGAACAUUCUUGUGUGCCAUGUUGAACAAGUUAUUGUGGCGUCAUCUUUAUUAAGGAACCAUGCUUGUACAGUUAAAUGUUUGGUGAUGUUUUGGGAUUUAAAUACUGUAAUAAAUGCUAAACAAUAA